CUCUUUCUUUUUCUCUUUCUUUUUUAUAUUUGACUGUUAUAUAUUUAUAUAUAUCUUUUGUUAAUCUUUUUUUUUGAUUUUGCUCAGAAUUCGAUAUGGAUGUGAAUCAAAUGCAACUUGAUUCAAACAAAGAUACAGGUAAUGUAGUGUCGUCAUCAUCUGUAGUGCCAACAGCUCUUCAAAACGCCAGUUACAAUUCAUCUUCUACUACUGCAACUUCUUCACCGCCCAACGUGGCUACAGAUACAACUAUUUCUACAACUCACGCUCAAUAUUAUUUAUCCAACCCUGAAACGAGAUUCCUAGGAGGUAACAGCAAUGAUAACAACACGGACGCAGAUAUUGGAACUGAAGGUCAAGAAUUAUAUCCUAUUGCUAUUCUCGUGGAAGAAUUGAAAAAUGAUGAUGUUCAGCUUCGUCUUAAUGCUAUUCAAAACCUUGGUACUAUUGCAAUGGCUUUAGGACCUCAACGAACAAGAGAUGAAUUGAUUCCUUUUUUAAAUGAUUCUAUCGAUGACGAAGAUGAAGUACUUUUAGCUGUAGCUGAAGAAUUAGCCAACUUUUAUGAAUAUGUGGGUGGUCCUGAAUAUGCUCAUACAUUACUUGGUCCUUUGGAAAACCUUUCUGCUGUGGAAGAAGUCCUCGUACGCGAAAAGGCCGUGGAAUCCCUCUGUAAACUAGUGACCGUUUUCAAUGCACAUCAAAUUGAACAUUACUUUUUACCACUAUUGAAUCGAUUGACUAAUGGUGAAUGGUUUACAAGUCGUACCUCUGCUACUGGAUUAUUUGCUUCUGUGUAUGACCAGUGUACUAUUACUCAAAAAGCUGAAUUACAAAAUCUAUUCGCGCAACUUAUUCAAGAUGAUACUCCUAUGGUUCGACGUACCGCUGCAAAAGCAUUAGGGACCUUUGCCAAAAAAAUGGAUAAGAAAGACUUUUUGCAAAAUAUGUUGCCUUAUUUCAUCAAACUCACAAAAGAUGAUCAAGAUACUGUACGACUUUUAACAGUGGAAGAUUUAUUACAAGCGACAAGUAUUUUAACUCUUGAAGAAAAGAAACAACAUCUUUUACCUAUACUUAAGGUUUUGGGUCAAGAUAAAUCAUGGAGGGUUCGAUUUAUGGUGGCAACCCAUUUUGCUCAGUUAUGUGAGGCAUUUGGAUUGACAGUGACUCAAGAAGAACUUGUGGAUUUGUUUGUAGCACUUAUCAAGGAUAGUGAAGGUGAAGUGAAGAUCAUGACUAUUGGACAAGCCCCAGCAUUUGCCAAGAUGAUUGAUGAAGUUACCAUGGUGGAUAAACUACUUCCUUGUGUAAAGGAUUUAGUGAUUGAUACGAAUCAACAUGUACGUGCAGCCGUAGCAGCAAAUAUUAGCGGAUUAGCUCCCACACUUGGAAAAGAGGUGACAAUUGAAUAUUUGUUACCUUUGUUUUUACAAUUAUUGAAGGAUGAUUUCCCUGAUGUGAGACUCAAUAUCAUUUCAAAAUUGGAAAAUGUGAAUCAAGUUAUUGGUGUUGAUCGACUUUCUCAAUCAUUACUUCCAGCGAUAGUAGAAUUGGCUCAAGACAAACAAUGGCGCGUACGACUUGCAAUUAUAGAAUAUAUUCCAUUCCUCGCUUCUCAAUUGGGAGUGACAUUCUUUGAUGAAAAGUUAUUAGAUUUAUGUAUCUCUUGGUUAGUUGACACUGUAUUUUCAAUUCGAGAUGCAGCCACAACGAAUCUAAAACAACUUGUUGAAAUCUUUGGAUGUGAUUGGGCCAAAACUACGGUGAUUCCUAGAGUGAUGACAAUGGCAGGCAAUGAAAACUAUCUAUAUCGAAUGACUACUCUAUUUGCAUUAUCGACGAUGGCGGUAUCAUUGAGUCCAGAAAUUGUCAAGGAUAAUAUUUUACCUACUGUUCUUGGUUUGGUUGAAGAUCCUAUUCCAAACGUUCGAUUCAAUGUUGCCAAAUCGUUAGAAGUAUUGACACCAAUUCUUAGAAACAAUCCAACUACAGAACCUCUUACAGCUUCGAAAGUCAAACCUGCUUUAGAGAAACUGAAUGAUGAUGCUGAUAUGGAUGUAAGGUGGUUUGCUGAAAAAGCUUUAUUAACAGUUUAAUCAAAGAGGUCCAUCUCAGUUUUGUUUAGUUUAGUCUUAUUAGUUAGUAACUCUUCCCCCCUUUUUUAUAUAUAUAUAUUUAUCUGAUGAUGAUGAUGAUGUUAUUCCUUAGUUUCCUUCUUUCUGUCACUUUUAUAUUUUACCCCCCUUCUUUUGAUUGAAUAAAAAUGAAAAAAAACGAUUACUCCGAUCCUCCUAGGUGCGACAGUGAAAAUAAUGCACCUGUUUGAUUUUUU